GUAAUACCUGCAUUUAUGUGUUUAGAAGGGAACGUCUCAUGAAUGGAGGAUCAAGUUGCAGCUUGUUAAUGUCUUUUACUUUCAGGACACAAAGCGCAACUUCUUGAGAUACUUUCUGAAAGUUUUUGGUGGAGUGAGCAGAGAACAGAGGAGGCGACUGAAGAGAGAGAUAAGACAGUCCAUCACAAGUGAUUCAGAACAAACUGCAGAAUGCACAGCUGGAAUAAUCACACAGGUCACAAUCAGUGACCCCGCCUUCCCCUUUGACUAUACCAUCAAUCAAUUCAACAACUGUCUGUCAGUUUCAACCGUCAAAGACAACUUGGAUGCCAUCACAGAAAAAGUCGAUGAGGAGGAAUACCUCAGGAUUGUUCUCCAUAAACUGAAAGAUGCCGAAAACUCCAUCAUCCCAGAAGAUCAGGUUCAGCUAUUAAGUGCAGCAUCUCGUGUUGCCACUGUUGAAGACAUUCGUUCAUGGACCAUCAGCAAAAUCGACACACUUGCUGCUUUGAUGGACUCUUCCAAUGGAGGCUGGGACCCAAUCCUUGUGAAGGUUAUCAUCUCUAAGUAUCUGGCUGUUGGAGGAAGCAGACUAGGCAGUACAGAGCUGAACAUUAUUGGGGGACCUAAUCUCUGCUCUCUAGAUGUGGAUAUCAUAAGGACUAUCUCAUCACAGAACUUCAGAGAAGUUGACUCUCUGGACAUCUCUAGCUGCACUGCUGACAAAAAGAAAGUGUUUUUCACUAUCUCCUUUGAGGCAUUCAGUUUUAGCACAAGCUCAGUUUCUGUUUUUCAGCUCAUACGACCAUACAUUGGAGGUGCAAAUGUUGAUUAUAUCCGUAGUUUGGUGGCCUCUGAGGUUAACAUGGACCUGGCCACCUUCACCAGUUUGGAUGAAAAUGUUGUGCUGGUCAGUGUUAUGUUUAUGUCUUUACUAUGAAGGAUUAUGUUUCUGUGAAUAUUUUUACAGCAUCAGCAACAUGUGCUCUAUUCCCCUCAGGGUUUAACUGCAAGUGAAGUUAAAGGUCUUCUUGGCACCAACCUCCCAGAUUUGAAGUUUUAUAUAAACCAAGUACUGGUGCAGACCUGGAUCAGAAGUCGAUACCAGUCUGAGCUUGAUAUUCUGGG